CUUGAUCUUUCACCUGCCAUCUCCAGAGAGAGAGCGAGCCGCGUCCAGGGCAUUUCCAGCCUGUGCAAACCCCAGCCCCGGAACCAGGUCAAAUCCAGGCGUCUGCAGGGAGAAGAGGAAGAGCCUCAUCUUCUCAAGCCUCCUCAAUGAGUGCCAAGCUCUCCAAGGAGUUGAGGCUGUCUCUGCCACCUUGUCUCUUGAACAGGACGUCGGCCUCCUCCAACGCCAGCAGCACCUGCAUCGCGCAGGUGGGGCAGCUCUUUCAGCCCUUCUCUUCCACUCUGGUUUUAAUCGUCCUGGUCACCCUCAUCUUCUGCCUGAUCCUCCUCUCCCUCACCACCUUCCACGUCCACAAGAGGAAGAUGAAGAAGCGGAAAAUGCAGAGGGCUCAGGAGGAAUAUGAACGGGACCACUGCAGCAGCAGCAGCCCCGAGGCAGGUAUUCAGGGAGAGAGACCCCCUGGAAGAAACACCCGGCUGGGAAGCUCCACCCAGGACUCGGGAAUCCAGCGCCCGUCUCCCCCGGAGCCCAGGAGCGCUCACCCAGCAAGAUCUUGUUUGGACACAGCUAGUGCGGGGCUCCUGCAAACCGUGGCAUUGUCAUGAUUAUUUUGCGGGGGGGGGGGGGGGACCUCGCCAAGGCUCUGUUUGGUGUUUGUAAAUACUCCAGUGAUGAUUGUAGGCUCUGAAAAGAAAAGUUAUUAAUUAAAACGAACGAACGAACAAACCCACAAUCCAAGCGCAUGACAAAUCACGCUGCGUUUCUCAUUGACUGUGCAAGGAAAGGAUGCGUCUUUUUAACGGAAAAGAAGCUGCACAGUGCUACCAAAUACACAGUCAUCUGCCCGGAGGCGUGGGGGUGGGGGAUCCCAGUGUGAUGCACAGAGUUAUCCUAAGGAUCGAGAAGAUAUCCCCCCCCCCAAUUCCUCUCCUGGGCUUAUCACUAAUUAUAUGUUUAUAAACGAACAAUUUAGAUUGGGGGAGGGAGGGCAUGGCACAGGGUGAGAGACAAAGGAAGAGUGAUCUAUCUAAACGAUGCAGUGGGAUCCUUAAUCUCUCAAACAAAGGAGACGAGUGCAGCUCAUGGCGAAAGGGACCUUUUGCCAGGGGCGGAGAAGGACCCGGUCUUUCUGUAGGGUCUCCUUUUGCAUCAGUAACUCUCUCUCUCUCCCUCUCCAAAGACUGGAUAUUGUUUUCUUUAGAAAUGUCCUCCCCUGGUUGAGCGCAAUUAAAACGGCAGCCCUCCCCGUCCUUCCCCACUCCAGGGUAAGCGCUCUCUCUCUCUGUAAUAGCCAGUGCCCCGUGUGUCCCGACGCUUGAAAGCUGCCUAACAGUGCUUCUAGUACCAUCCUGAGGCAGCGGGCUGUUACAUCUUUUCCCCUACAGCCACCCCACCCCAAGUCACUUUCCAGUGUAAUAUUCCAUUCGUCCUAUUAAACCUGGAAUAAGGAAUCUUUUUUUUUUUGGUAAUAGAGUACUACGUGAUGUGCAGUAGUUUACCCCAUCAGAAUAUUUGAUGAUUUAUUUUAAAGAGGUGUGCCCUUGUUGUACCUCCUGUUGGUACUGAAGCAAAAUGUUGUUCUGUACUAUGCACUGUACACUGUAUAUUCUUCGUUUAUAGCUUUUACCCAUUGAAUAAUGAAUUCAGCAACAGUACAGAUCUGGCUUUUAUUUUUUUAAGGCAUCUUUAUAUCUUCUGAUCCUGUACUAGACUGUUAUGAAUAUCCCUGCCUCCCCCAGACCCCGAACAAAACCCUAAUGGAUGUGUGAAAAUGCCAUCUAUUAAAUCAUGGUUAAUAUUUCAAAAGAGGCUGAUGUAAGUCUCCCAGGAAAGGACCAACGGUUGUUUGACUAUGGACGGAAGUGUCUGAGUGGCUGCUUGUUACUGUAUGUGUUGGGGGAAUCCAAAGCAACGUUCAUUACAGUAAAUGCAGCUUUGACUAAACACUUAAACCAGUCACCAUGACUUGCAAAUGGUGCCUUAGCAGAACGGCCCUAUCUAAACUUUGAAAUCUCUCCUGGUGAUAGUAUUAGAUCAGAGGUGAUGCUCUUCUGUCCAUGUUAAUGAAUAGUAAACACAAAGACAAAAAAUAAUCCAAGAGGGUGUUUUUCUUAGAUACACGCUAGAAAUAAAUACCUGCUGGAUGUAAUUUCCAGCUAUCUUUAAUUUGUUAUUUGUAGAAUCCCCUCUAAAUCCUGGUGGAAAGAAUGGAUGUUAUGUUUUAAAAAUAUGUACACAAUGGGAGGUACUGGAGUACUUAACGGGUGACCAAUACAGUUGGUUAAAUUAAAGAUGGAGAAAUGUGGUAUUGGGAUGGGACAGAACAAAUACCAGUAAAUGCUCUAUCUAACCCCAUUACAGCACCCAAAAUGCAGAGGUUAUGGUACUGUAUAUCCAUUCCAUAUUUAUUCUGUUUCACUUCUAGCUAAUCAAAUGAGAAACCUCUAUUGAGUUAGAAUCUAUACCUCUAGCAUCUUAGGCAAAUGCUCUAUCAUCCAACUAAAGUUGCUGAUCCACCUGCUCAGCUCAGUGGGGUAUAAUAUGUCUAGUUGAUAUUUUUACAUUGCAGUUUGAGACUGGCAUCUGAUUCUCAUCCGCAGGUAUGAUCAGCUGCUAAUGAUUAUUCUGGUCUCUUUGGGACAAACAAAUUUUUGUUUGACCCCCUUGUACGAUUGCAGCUCCAUAAUGAACAUCAUGGAAUAAUGAAGAGCAUUCAGUGAACAGCAGUGAAGCUUCCUGGUUUUUGGUGGUCUCUACUAAACAGAAAUUACCUUUUCCUUCAUUUUGUGUCUUCUUUAAACAAUGUGUAAUUUUCAAUUUUGUAAAAGCAAUAAGAUGUUUCACAUCACUUCAGUGCAUUUCUGGUUGAUGAUUCCACUCCCCUAGUGUCUGAAGUCAGUCACUCUUCCUUUUGCCUUAUGCACUCAAGGCAUGCAAUAAUUCCCCAGAAGUGUACUGCCUGUCAUACCUUAUUGCAGUUAUAAAAUUGCCCUAUUUUGGAUGAAAAAGGAUGGGGGGGGGAGACAGAAGCCUGGUAUGUGUGUGUAUAAAUUCUGCUGCUACUAAAAAUAGGGGCAGAAAUGUGUUUAGGUUUUAAAAUCUUUCACAUUUAAAACUCUCUUCUGUUUAAUUAGUUGAGAUUUAAAUUUUUAAUAUAUCUGUAUUUAUGUAAAUCUAUGUAAAUUAUAUGGUCUGAGUAAAACUUGAUACUGACUUUAA